AAAUUUCGCAUAAUUUCUUUUAGAAAAAAAAAAUCCAGAGCCAAGAUUGGGCAAUUCGCGAGAAAAAAGGAAACAUAUAUAUUUUUUUGUUUGUUUCAAUCUUAUUCCACCGAUUCUCCCUCGAAUUUGAUGAAAAUAAUGCGAAUCCAAAACGAAGAAGGCACUUAGGACUAAAAUCCCUUGAUUCCCAAAUGGAGAUUUCAAUAAAUCAGCGACUUUUUGGUUGUGGGGACUGCGCCGACGCCUUGAUAUUCAACAACACCCUCCAUUCUUUUUCUGUUCUUUGCAAGCCAACUUCGUCCAUUUCUGUUCGGGAAUGAAGUUCAUGUAAGCAAAGAAUCAAUUGUUUCAGCAGAAGAUCGAGGAGUGCGGUUUUUCCCCAAUUCAGCGCAUCUCGUUAUGCAGAAGAUCGAGGAAAAAAUCAAUUAAGUUUUUCGACGCUGAUACUCGAUUCAGGGUUUAAGACAUGUUAAUGGUUUAUUGUAGCUGUGGCGGUGGAGGAAUGUGAGAUGUCUUAGAAGAAAUUGAUGUUAAAUCGUGGAGGCUCGUUCCACCAAAUAUUGUACUAUGCUCGAUCACCUGUAAUGGCGGCCCCUUCCAUGACGCGGGAUCUUCGUUUGGCGCAUUUUAAUCUGCAAUCGCAUCGUCCUCCUCAAUCGUCGCUAUUCGAACAGUGCUGCGGAUUCCCCAUUUCUGGAGAGCUUGUUCUGCGUAGUUUUCGGGGAAACCGAUGCCCUCGGUUUGGUCUCAAAGCUUGCGUUCAAUCCCCCAAAGACAAUUACAGUAACGGCCCAACGCUUGUUCGUCGUCCACAGCUGCUUAACAAUGUGGAUAUUGAUUUAGUAGAAGGAAUUGAUCGCAGAUAUUCCAUUGCUGUUCCGGGGGAAUCCCAGUGGGGAAAUCCUCUAACGUUCCAUGAACUUUCUUCCAGGGAUAAACUUAUUGUUGCUGUCGACAUCGAUGAGGUUUUGGGAAACUUUGUCUCAGCUCUUAACAAGUUUGUUGCUGAUCGUUAUUCUUCGAAUCAUUCAGUUUCGGAGUAUCAUGUCUAUGAAUUCUUCAGGAUAUGGAAGUGUUCUCGUGACGAAGCUAAUGUUCGAGUUCACGAGUUCUUCAAGACGCCAUACUUCAAGACUGGAAUCUGGCCUAUACCUGGUGCUCAGAGCACCCUUCUCAAGCUAUCGAGAUUCUGUCACCUUUCAGUCGUAACGUCCCGACAAAAUGCAAUCAAGGAUCACACACUCGAGUGGAUCGAGAAACACUAUCCGGGACUGUUUCAGGAGAUUCACUUCGGAAACCACUUUGCUCUGGAUGGAGAGUCUAGAUCAAAGGCAGAAAUAUGCAAGUCUUUGGGAGCAAGUGUACUGAUUGAUGAUAACCCGAGAUAUGCAAUAGAAUGUGCUGAAGCGGGGAUUCGAGUUCUACUUUUCGACUACGAGAAUUCGUAUCCAUGGUGCAAGACAGAGUCUGAGGAUCUGCCCCCCUUAGUCACUAAAGUUCAAAAUUGGGAAGAUGUUGAGAAGCAAUUAACUUCAUGGGUUAUUUCUUCUUAGUUCUUAGGCCUUAGAACUUUAAUAUUUUUAAUUAUAUUUUUCUUACUACUUAACAAGUAGGGUGAUAUUGAGUUGUGUCGUGUUUUUAGACCAACGCCAAAAUGGAAAUGCAUUUAUUUGCUAUAUGAGGUUUGUUCGUUAUUUUAUUGCCAAUCUAACAUAGUCUAAUUGGUCAA